GGUGAGCCCCCAAAAGCUCUCCACUCCCUUUCGUACGUCUCCCAGUUUGGAUUCUUCUCUCUCUCUCUCAAUGGAAGGCUACGCAGCCCCGCUCAGGCAUUUGAUCACAAACUUUCCUCCCACCGGAGAUCACCACCGUUCAUUCCCACAAUAUCGUUACCAUAACAAGCCCAUGAAGGUGGCCAUGCACCACAACCACCAAUCAUACUGGGCUUCCAUAAGCUCUGACAUCGAGGCCCACCUCAAGCAAACAGUUCAGAUACGCCCACCCUUAUCAGUGUACGAGCCCAUGCACUACCUGGUCUUCUCCGCCCCAAGAACCAUGGCUCCACCCCUCAGCAUCGCCGCUUGCGAGCUCGUCGGAGGCCAGCCCGAGGAAGCCAUCCCUGCGGCCUCGGUGCUUCACCUCAUGUAUGCCGCAUCUAUGGUGCACCAGCGCUUACUACACUCAGGCAGGGUGGUGGGUCCCACCACCAAGAGCGCCGACCACACUGCGGGCGUCGAGCUCCUCACGGGUGACGGCAUCUUUAGUUUCGGGUACGAAUUGUUGGCCCGACCAUCGGUGCAUCAACUUCCGGAUCAUAAACCCGAACGGAUCUUGAGGGUGAUCAUGGAGAUCACGCGUGCAAUGGGCGCACAAGGAAUGGUGGAGGGAUUGUGUCUACAGCUGCGAUACAGGGGAUCAGUAUCAGACGGUGGUGAUACGGCGUCUGAUGAUGGUUUCAUGAUGGGUAAGGUGGGUAAGGUGGGCAGGGCUGUUGAGAAGAUGGAAGGUGGGCUUUACGCAUGUGGAGCUGCGUGUGGAGCCAUCUUAGGGGGAGCUACCAAGGAGGAAACGGAGAAGCUGAGAAGCUUUGGACGCUAUGCGGGCAUCAUACAUGGGAUGCUGACAUCAAUGGCUAGUGAUGAACAAGAGGAGGAGGAGAAGGAAGGAUUGAGUGAAAUGGUGGAGAAGCUUAGAUCUUUGGCUCUCAAGGAAUUGGAAUGCUUCGAUCAUCAACCAAUGGUUGAGAUCAUUUCGAGCAUUCUUCACUUGGAUUCACUGAUUCAGUUCAACCAUUAAGCAGAUUCAGUCACCCAGUUGAGUGUCACGAUUAUCAUAGAUGAAUUUGGAAGAAAUAGAUGUGUAGAUUGCAAAUAAAGGAAAACUGUCUCAUUUCCUAGUCGGGUAGCGUUUGCACCAGUGUGGAACCAAUGAGAAUGCACACAUAGGCAUUUACUUGGAUGAGAUUUAGGUUUUCACAUGGGUGCAGUGGUAAUUUCAAGUGGUCAUGUCUUCCACGCCCUCUAUGCGAUGGACAGUCUUUUUUUUCUCUUAUAUUUUUUUAGGGGAGAAAGAGCCCUCCUUGGUUA